AUGUUCGUGCCCACCGCCAAUCCUGUUCGAGAGCCGCCGAUAAUCGUAGUGAACACCGUGCUUUCGCUGUUAGCUUUAAAUUAUCCAGCGAAUAAGCUAGCGUGUUAUGUGUCGGACGAUGGAUGUUCACCUCUCACUUACUUCUCUCUCAAGGAAACUUCCAAGUUCGCCAAGAUUUGGGUUCCCUUCUGCAAGAAAUACAACGUUAGAGUUAGAGCUCCUUUUAGAUAUUUCUUAAACCCUUUAGACGAACCAUACGAUCCAGAGUUCAGUAAAGACUGGAAAAUGACGAAGGAGGAGUACGAGAAGUUAAGGCGGAAAGUUGAAGAUUCCACCAGAGACUCCUACUUGUUGGACGCGGACGACGAAUUGACAACUUUCUCAAACGCAAAACCAAAUAAUCAUUCAACUAUAGUUAAGGUGGUAUGGGAGAAUAAGGGAGGUGUAGGAGACGAGAAAGAAGUCCCUCAUCUUGUAUACAUAUCAAGGGAGAAAAGACCGGAUUUCAAAGUACACAAGUUAUGUUCGGCAUGA